AUGUCUGCUCCAGUCGGACCUGUUCUUCAGCAGCUCACACAGCUACCUGCUCGCUCCAGACAAGGCCUAAACAAUUUACGUCAGAGACUCUUCCAGCAGGGUGAGAAGCCAAAGCGGGAUCCUAAAAUCCUCCUUACCUCUUUUACACUUCAUCGACCUGUCUGGGUGACUGCCGGCGGCGGUUUGUACACCAGUCUGGUUGGGGUUUACCUCACAAUGCGUGCUUUUCGCCAUAUUCGGUAG